UAGGUUUCCCCCAGCAUGUCAUAGCCUCCAUGUCUGAUCAGGAUGCCAAACCCUCGUUCAGCAUGUCGCACCUGGACAGCGCUGGUGAACCAGAACUCACUCUUGGCGGCUACUACUGCCCACAGUGCAGAGCCAAAUACACUGAGCUGCCAGUGGAGUGUAAAGUGUGUGGUCUGACUUUAGUUUCCGCUCCUCACUUGGCCCGUUCCUUCCAUCACCUCUUCCCCCUUGAGGCCUUCCAGGAGACCCCACUGGAGUCGUAUGAGGGCGAGAGGUUCUGUGAAGCUUGCCAAGGAGAGUUGAAAGACAAAAGUGUAGGUUGUCCAAUUUAA